AUGGCUACUUCUUCAUUUUCUCUGUGGUUCCCAUCUUCGCUUCCUUCUAAAACAGUGUACUCUACUAUCGCUGCCUCAAAGGUAACCGGCUAUAGUAGUUUGAUUUCACUGGCUUAUUCAGUAGCUGCAACUGAAACUGACUCUUCUAAAAUUGAAUCCUUGGGAUAUGUGGUUAACGAAGCAUUAGCAUCAAUGUCUAUUGUAAGUGCAGCAGCCGUUACUUCAACUGCUACAGAUACUCAAGUGCUUGCACAAGCUAGGGAAGUUAUUUCGAAUUCUACCUUGUAUCUUGAAUACAGGUAUGACACUUUGAACAAAUAUAAAUAUGACUUGAACUUAGGUGCUAACGUUAUGUUCUGUGUUCUUUUUGGUGCAGCUGCAUUAUUCAACAUUGGUAUGUUAUGGAAGUCAAGGUAUCAUUGGUACAAUGUGACAUUUAUUAUAGGAACUUUAUUAGAAUGUAUUGGUUUUGCUGCUAGGGUUGUUGCUGUGAACGAUACUUCAAGUACAAUUGACUAUGCCAUUCAAUAUCUUUGUCUUACCGUUUCUCCAACAUUUUUAAUGGCUGGGAUCUAUUUCAUCUUUGCGCAGUUGGUGGUACUUCAUGGUCGUCAGUUUUCCCUUUUGAAGCCAAUGUGGUACUCAUAUUUCUUCAUCGGCUCUGACAUUUUAACCUUUUUUAUACAAAGUGGUGGUGGUGGAAUGUCAGCCAGUGCCAGUAAUGGGAGCGGGAAUCCUCAAACAGGAGUCUACAUAAUGGUUGGUGGUAUUGGACUUCAAGUGCUCUCAAUGACAAUUUUCAUGGGAUUUUGGUUCGAUUUCUUAGCAAAAACAUAUUUCAAACAUAGCCUUCACCUCGAAGACCACAAUGAACUUAACAAGAAAUCUUUCAAGAACUUUUUUAAAUUCUUAUUCAACACGAAAUCGGUCAGAUCUUACCGCUUUAACUCAUUGGAGAAGCUGUACAACCCUAAUUUUCAAGAUAUAAGGUCCGGUAGACUAUUCUAUUACUAUCCUCUUGUCAUAACCAUUGCCGUCAUUGCUAUCUAUAUUAGAUGUAUUUACAGAGUUGUUGAAUUGGCUGAAGGCUUUCAUGGUUGGUUGAUCACGAGAGAAUGGCCACUUAUGGUCCUUGAUGCUCUGAUGCUUGCAAUUGCUGUGCUCAUCACUAUUCCUUUCCAUCCCGUUCUUGUAUUCGGAGUGGUAAACAGAAUUAAACUUUCCAUGAUUAAGAAGAAAGCAGAUAUUGAACAAAAUUAUAAUGAGUACAAUAUGGAAUCAGGGUUGGUGCCAAAGGUUGAUUCUUAUGACAAUUAG